GCUAUCUGCUAUCCAUGUUGCAAGGACAUAUGUUUAAUGCGAACAGACAGCUUUUUAUUUAAUAUUUUAAUGUCAUAAUUACAGAGCCAAUAUUGUGCCAGUGAUUAAUAUCUACUACUCUAAGAAUAAUAUUUUGGAUGUUUUUUUUUAAUGAAGAUUUGCUCUAGAGUGACUUGUGAUUCUGGGAAACGAUGACAGAGUUUUUUUUUUGUGCUUGUGUGCAAUGAAGAGGCAGAUUUUAGAGUGGCCACUGGGUGGAGCCUUCUUAUUCACUCCAGUGAUGUCAAAACAGAAGGAGAGCUGGAGACAGGAGGAGGGGUGGGAGGCAGUGAGUAAGGCUCCUUCUCAAAUGGACUGUCAGUGUGUCGCGGGCAGACAAGGAGCUAAUAUCCGCCGGCGUCUCUCUCUCUCUCCCUGACCGGAGGAGCCGGCUUGUUCCUGACAUGUGCGGCUCCCCAGCAGGUCACAUAGCUUAUUGGAGAAGACUCUAUUUUAUUGCCCCGGAGGACAAAUGAUGGACUGAAAGCGAGGGAGAGGAUACACGAGGAGUUCAGUGCCGGACGAUCUCACUCCAGAGGAGCAACAGGAGCUGGAGAAUAUUCGCCGGCGCAAGCAGGAGCUGCUUGAAGACAUUCAGCGGCUGAAGGAUGAGAUAGCAGAAGUGACCAGUGAGAUCGAGAACCUGGGUUCUACUGAGGAGAGGAAAAAUAUGCAGAGAAAUAAACAAGUGGCCAUGGGCCGGAAGAAAUUCAACAUGGACCCUAAAAAGGGAAUCCAGUUCAUGAUCGAGAAUGAGCUGCUGAAGAACACCAGCGACGACAUCGCUCAGUUCCUCUACAAAGGCGAAGGCUUGAACAAGACAGCCAUCGGAGAUUAUCUGGGAGAAAGGGAUGAUUUCAACAUCGAAGUCCUUCAUGCAUUCGUGGAGCUCCAUGAAUUCACAGACCUCAACCUGGUUCAGGCCCUCAGACAGUUCCUGUGGAGUUUUCGACUGCCGGGAGAGGCUCAGAAGAUCGAUCGCAUGAUGGAAGCCUUUGCUCAGCGCUACUGUCAAUGCAACCCUGGUGUUUUCCAGUCCACAGACACCUGCUACAUCCUGUCCUUCGCCAUCAUCAUGCUCAACACCAGCCUGCACAAUCCCAACGUGAAGGACAAGCCCACAGUGGAGCGCUUCAUCUCCAUGAACAGAGGGAUCAACGACGGAGGAGACUUGCCCGAGGACCUGCUCAGGAAUCUGUACGACAGCAUUAAGAAUGAGCCGUUCAAAAUCCCAGAGGACGACGGCAACGACCUCACGCACACCUUCUUCAACCCCGACAGGGAGGGCUGGCUGCUGAAACUCGGAGGGGGGCGUGUCAAGACGUGGAAGAGGAGAUGGUUCAUCCUCACCGACAACUGUCUGUACUACUUCGAGUACACCACGGACAAAGAGCCCAGGGGCAUCAUCCCGCUGGAGAACCUGAGCAUCAGAGAGGUGGAGGACAAGAAACCUAACUGCUUUGAGCUCUUCAUCCCCGACAACAAGGACCAGGUGAUCAAAGCCUGCAAGACAGAGGCUGACGGACGAGUGGUGGAGGGCAACCACACCUUCUACCGCAUCUCUGCUCCCACCACUGAAGAGAAGGACGAGUGGAUGAACAGCAUCAAGGCGGCCAUCAGCAGAGACCCGUUCUACGAGAUGCUGGCGGCGAGGAAGAAGAAGGUGUCGUCCAUGAAGAGGCACUAAGGGCCGGGACUCACCCAAGGUUCGGGUCUGACCUCUACAGGAGACAGUUCAGCUCUGUUUUCGGACUCUCGUGUGGGAAACCGAAGAGAGGCAUGCUGGGGCGUUUCGAUUCAGACCACAUCCUUCGAUGUCUUCCUCACUUUCUCUCUCUUGUUUUGCGUGGAGUCCCCCUCCCCGACACUCUGAAUUUUGCAACUCAGCACACAUUGUUUCGACUCAGCAGGUCUGACAGAGCGUGGUGCCCCGACCAAAAACACCCCGAAUCUUUUACAGCUUUUAUUGGUUAUCUUUCGUGCAUCUGAAACUUCAGGUGGGGGUUCAUUUGCUCUCUCUCCCCUCCGCCCCCCUAAACUUUUGUGUGGAAAAAGUUGCCUCUCAGGAGAUUGGACUGAUUCCAGGACGACUGGACGUCGAAACAGAAGACUGUCACAGGAACUCACCUGAGCAUUUGCUUCAUGUCCAUGUGUGACCACAGAAGGCUGCUGGCUAGCUCGUUUGUUACCUUUUGAAACGGUAAACCAAUCGCAUCACUUCUUCAGUUUAUUUAUAGACCCGCGUUUCCCUGAAAAGUCGCUGAAACAGCACUUUUUGCUUUUUAAAAAAAAAAAUCCUCCUCCGCUCAACAACUCAGGAUUCCCGUUUUUUUUUUUUUUGGGUCUUUUUCGGAAAUGUUCUGAACCAAAACACGCGGGCCCUUCUGGGAAAACCAUAUUUGAGUUUUCAUCUUUCACUGUGCCUGCUUGUCUGCCGGCCCCACUCCCAUUUCCUGUUUUCCUCCCGCUCCCCAGAGAAAGACGGCAAACAAUCAGUGUUGGUUUAUUUAUCAAAAGAAAAAGUUGUACAUAGUUUAAUGUAUAGUGGGUAUGUUUUUGUUUCUUUCUAGUCGUGCCAUUGUUGUGGUUCAUUUGUUCUUUUGGAGUUUUCUAUUGUUGCCAUUUAACCAAGCCGAAAAUAAAUAUGCAUCCGUCAGCCCGCCCGCCCAGUUGUGUUGUGUUUGGGUCAGCAGGGGGCGGUGUUGGUCAGGUUGCGUUGACUCCAAAGGUGCCCGAAUACGCUCUUCUCAGUGUCUUAUUUUGACGGGAAUAUGCAGCGGAGUGAGAAUAAAAAUAGUUCUCUGGAUCCCUGCCGUCAACAUUUCCCAUCUUUAAUAUUCACCAUGCAAAUCUUUACGGAGAGGAAGUGUAUCAGAUGAUGCCUGGAACAGGAAUCGAUAGCAGUGACCUUAAUUUACCUCAACCAGAGCGGCGCUGCUGGAAAGUGCGUGUGCGCGGACGAGGAAGUGCGUGGUGUCGUCAGCAUAAACGCUGAAAUAGAGGAAAACACACAAUCACGGAACUUCAGAAGCACUGUUGAGAAA